AUGGAGCCGCCGAAAUCACCUAAAUCUCCGAGACAAAACUUGCCAGAAUUUCGAACCAGCGCUACCGCAUUCUUGAAACUCGAAACACCCAUGUCGACUUUAACUAUCAUGAAGAAACUGACCGAGAGUUUACCACGAUCCAGGAUAUCACGUAUUAACCAAGUUAACCCGAAACUCUUCCGGAUUAACUUCGCAACUGAACAAGACGUGAACUCAGCAUUAAAGAACUUCAGAGACAUUACCAUACCGGGCGCUAUCCUCGAGCCGCCAAAACGCUCUGAGAAAAACCACAACAAAAGAUCGUCAAUAAUCGUGAAAACAGUAGACCCUGAUAUCAAAGAGGAGGAGUUCAUCGCUCACCUAAAAGAGCACUCCGUACAAGCUUCAGCUGCCAGACGGAUUUUAUCGAACAAAACGGGGAAACCAUCAUCCCUUAUCCGUCUCACACUACUCGAACAUGACGACGCACAGAAGUUUCUCGAACGGGGUUUCCUUGAACUCGGGGCCUUCACCUUCCCUGUUGAAGCGCCAAGAAAACGCCAUCUCCCUCUGCGAUGCUUCAACUGUCAGGAUUACGAUCAUCACCAGUCAACAUGCCAGAAACCCCCGCGAUGCCACAAAUGUGCCCAAGAACACUCGCCCGACUCAACCUGCACCACCGAAAUUCUAUGCGCCAACUGCUCUGGUCCUCACGCUUCAUCCAGCAACGAAUGUCCCGUCUGGAUCUCAAAACUCAGGGAGAAAAAUGAACUUUUCCGCGCUAAAUCCGUCCAGGAACGCACGUACGCACAUGCCGCUCGGCCCACGAUCCACUCCAACAUCCCUCGUCUACCAAACGCCCAAGGCUCCAGCUCCGUUUCCUACGAUACACUACAUCUAGAAAUCAAGAAAAUCAAUGAGAGACUAGACGAACAUGACGAAGAGAUUAAAGAAAAUCGUGACACCAUCAAGCAGCUCCCGUCAAUGGAAUACAUUGACAACCGCCUAGAUAAAGCCAUCGCCCACAGCAACACCCAGUUAGCAGACAUGAAAAACUUCUUCCUAUCGUUGAUAUCUACCAAGCAGACCAACAGCAGUGACAAAACAAAGAAACGUCCGGCUUCAUCGUCGCCAACCGGUACUCGCCCCAAGAAAUCCUCCAGCAAAGCCCACAGUGCCAAGACCACCUCGCCGUCACUCAAUCUGUCUACACCGUCCGCAAAACAACACUCCAGCUCCACCGAAAUGAUACAAGGGUCUCUUCGAGAAGCCAAGUAG